AUGGGGAUGUUUAGGCCGGGCCGGGUCCGGUCCCUAGUCCUCGCUUUCCUCGCAACAAUCCUUGUGUGCAUCGUAUACCUCUAUUGGACCCCUACCGUCGCAUCCUCCACCGUCUCCGUCGUCCCAAGUACCGCCUUCGAAGUCCCGCUCGUCGAACGCCAGAAAGAUUUCUGGAAGGCUUUCCAGCCCAUUCUCGAACGUCACAAUCCCAAUUGCCCGUCUCCCGAGAAGAAUGGCGAUGCCGGCGCAAAUCAUUUCGACCCGGUCAAGGACAGCCCGCGACCGGACCUGACGGUGAUGAGCGAAGCGGAUCAGAAAGCCAUGGAAGAUGCGCAUGCCAACUUUGUAGAGGAUAUCAAGAAGGCUGGGAAGGAUUUGAAACCUGUUCAUACCCCGGGGAAGCGAGGCUUGGUAUCGACUGCCGGCGCGACGUACCUACCUGUGUUCGUCUCGACUCUGCGUAUGCUUCGCCGGGCUGGGUCGACGUUGCCAGUGGAGGUUUAUAUGAAGGAUACAGGCGAGUAUGAAAAGCACGUGUGCAAUGAUAUCCUCCCCAACCUCGAUGCGCGGUGCUUGGUGCUCGCCGACGUGGUGGGGAAGAAUGUCAUCGAGCAUUAUCAGCUCAAAAUCUUUGCCGUUCUGUUCUCCUCAUUUGAGGAAAUCGUAUGGAUGGAUGCAGACUGUUUCCCACUGGGCAAACCCGAGGAACUUCUCGACUCGGAACCUUUUACGUCGACAGGCUUGGUUACCUGGCCUGACUUUUGGGCCUCGUCAGUGUCUCCUUUAUAUUACAAGAUCUCGCGCCAAGAGGCACCGCCAAUGAGUGCACGUCAGUCUUCAGAGACAGGUGUCUUCCUGGUCUCGAAGAAGACCCAUCUUUUUCCCCUGCUGCUGGCUGCCUACUACAAUUUCUAUGGCCCCUCACAUUACUUCCGACUGUUGACUCAAGGCGGGCCAGGUGAGGGUGACAAGGAGACGUUCUUUCACGCUGCCACAGCCCUUGGCGCCCCCUUCUAUACUGUGAGCGAGAGAGUCCAAGCCAUUGGACAUCAAAACGGAGAGAAGCUCUCCGGAUCAGCCAUGGCGCAGACCGAUCCCCGUGAAGACCACGCUCUCACUACGCAAGAUAAAUGGCGAGUCAAGGAUCCUGCUGUGGCUCCACCUCCCCACAUCUUCUUCAUCCAUGCCAAUUAUCCGAAAUUCAACCCGGGGGAUAACGUGUUCGGCAUGGGCUGGGAGACCACUCCCACCAUCAAGGAGGAUGGAUCGGAUACUCGUGCGUGGACUGCGCCACCCGACACCUUGAGCCGGUUCGGAUAUGAUGUGGAAAAGGCUUAUUGGGAAGAGAUCAAAUGGGUGACCUGCCACCUAGAAAAUGUGUUCAAGUCAUGGGAGCACAAGGCCGGCCUUUGUGUGAAGGUGGAGGACUAUUGGAAGAAUGUGUUUGCUGAGCCGCAUGACGAUGACCCCAAAUUUACUCCAGAAAGUUGA